AUGGCUCCAGCUGCUUACUCUGAUAUCCAAAAAUCAGCCAAUGAUUUAUUAAACAAAGAUUUCUUCCAUUUAGCAACCGCUGCUGUUGAUGUUAAAACUACUGCUCCAAAUGGUGUUGCUUUUACUGUUAAAGGUAAAACCGCCAAGGAUAACUCCAUUGGUGCUUCUGUUGAAUCCAAAUACGUUGAUAAAGCUACUGGUUUAACUUUAACUCAAGGUUGGAAUAAUGCCAAUGCUUUAACCACUAAAAUUGAAUUAUCUGAAUUAUUAACUCCAGGUUUAAAAGGUGAAUUAGAUACUUCUGUCGUUCCAAAUGGAGCUAGAAAUGCUAAAUUAAACUUUUUCUAUCAACAAUCUGCUGUUAAUGCCAGAUUAUUCUUUGAUUUAUUAAAAGGUCCUGUUGCAACUGCUGAUUUAGCUGUUGCUCAUGAUGGUUUUACUGCUGGUGCUGAAUUAGGUUAUGAUAUUUCAUCUGCCAAAGUUAACAAAUAUUCUGUUGGUGUUGGUUAUGCUAAUCCAACUUAUGCUUUAGCUGCCACUGCUACUUCCAAUUUAUCUGUCUUUUCAGCUGCUUAUUAUCAUAAAGUUUCUCCAUUAGUUGAAGUUGGUGCUAAAACUACUUGGGAUUCAGUUAAAUCUUCAAAUGUUAAUGUUGAAUUCGCUACCAAAUAUGCUUUAGAUAAAUCUGCUUUUGUUAAAGCUAAAAUCGCUGAUACUGGUUUAACUGCUUUAGCUUAUUCUCAAGAAUUAAGACCAGGUGUUAAAUUAGGUUUAGGUGCUUCAUUCGAUGCUUUAAAAUUAGCUGAACCAGUUCAUAAAUUAGGUUUCUCUUUAUCUUUCACUGCUUAG